AUGAUAAUAAUAAUUUUUAUAUUGCUUAUACUUUUGUAUCAUGUAUGGAAUAAGAAGAAAAAUUAUAUAAUAAACUUUUAUUAUAUUAAUUCAUUCAUAUGUUUUAAUAAAUCAAAAAAGUUAAGUGACGUAAAAAAAGAAAUUGGAGAACAUCAAAAUUAUUAUAGUGAUAACUACUAUCUGUAA